AUGUUUCAUGUUAUAAACGAUCAUCAUGGCCAUUUGGAAAGAUGCACGAUCAGUUAUUUCUCAUUCCAAUGUAGAAACGGGAUGGUCGAGGAUUGGAUUCGACCAUUGAUUCAUGUGCAUCACGUUAAGCAUCUCACAGUUGUAAACUCUCUUUUCUCUUUUUGUGGAAACAACAGACCCCUCACACUCAACUUGCCCCCAGAAACAUUUUCCCAUCCAAACCUUCAAACACUCAUCUUAGAUCAGUAUAACUUCGAAACUCCAGAUGCUUUCAACAACUGCGGAAAUCUAAAGACUCUAACACUCGCUGGCAUUUUCGCCGAGAUUGGAGCCUUGAACGCAGUCCUAGUGUCUUGCCCUUCUCUCGAAGUGCUUGUGGUAGAUAUCAGUAAAGAGCAAGGACUUGAUCUUUUAGAAUCUAGUUCAGAAAAAAAAAGAGGUGGUGUUUUGAGAAUAGAGAAUCGCAACUUAGUGUGCUUGUAUUUAUCUUGUCCUGAAGUUGAUGGCAUUCAUGUGUCUUCGCCAAAUCUGGACGUUCUCACCAUCGAAUAUGUCUCGUGUGAGAUAGAGAAAUUCGUCAUUGCAAAUCCUAGACUCCAGUUUAGUCGAAACUUUUGGACUACAGCAAAAGUAUUUCCUCACACCAGCCAUUGUAUAUCAUGCCCCCAUCAGGAGAAGAAAAACAUUGGACAUGAAUUAUUGAUGGGUGGACAAUUCAUGAUGAGUGGACAUGGUGACUUUGUGAGACGUUUUGGAUCGCUUUCGGUGAGUGUAGACUUGACGAAUGCAAAAGAAGUUAAGAUGCUACAAGAAAUCUUAGUUACAUGGCCUGGAGAAAUGGAUGAACUUGAGAUCUUAUUCAUGAAAAGCAAUGCUCCGAGUAAAGAAGUUGAGAGUUCUAGUGGAGGAACACAGGAGACGUUUUGGGAAGAGACAAAACCGUUCUUCAGCGCUAAAUUCUUUGUUUUUACUGUAUGGCUGUCUAACUUUAGCGGUUCAAAAGAAGAGUUUGCGUUAGCCUCGCGUUUGAUAACGCAAGGGACAGUGAUCAUGACUAUGAUAAUCAAACCGUCGUCGUUUCUUCCAAGCGACAUGUUGGUGAUAGAGGAGGCAGUGGCCAAGCUGAAGGAACUUCAAGGUUUCCCAGACCUUAGUAUCCGCAUGGGAUGA